CCUCACUCACGCAAUUCCUAUCUCGCCCCAUCGUUGCUCCCCCUCCUCUCUCUCUCUCUCUCUCUCUUCUUCGAUCAUAUUUACUUCGAUAUUCUCUAAAAAGAAUCCGAAGAUUUAAUCCCCGAGGAGGCGAAAUCGAUCGCAAUUCGACUGAGAUCGAUCGGAUCGUGGAGAUUUGGAGCGAUCGGUUGGUUGAUCGGAGCAUCGGGAGCGUCGGCGGAGGGAUCCGACGGCUGAGAUGGGGCUGUCGAGCCUCCCGGCGCCCUCGGAGGGGGUGCUCACCCUCGUCCUCGUCCACACCGCGCUCUCCGUGUCCAUCCUGAAGCAGAUCCUCCGAUCCCUCCUCCGCUUCCUCCGCCUCCGCCCCUUCGACGCUCCGCCGCCGCCGGAGGAGGAGUUCGCCGCCGCCGCCUUUGGCGCCGGGGCGCGGUGGUCGUCGCCGGAGCCGAGCCUGACGGAGCUGUUCCGUAGCCGGUUCAAGCCGCUCCGACGUUCGGGUCGGCGUUCGGCCGGCCGCCACCGGAGCCGCGUGUGCCUGGCCCGGUUCGCACCGGAUUGCGUGAACCGCUCCCCCUGCGGCCACCUUCACAAAUCCUGCCUCGAGACGUGGCUCGACACACGCCACGCCACGUGUCCCCUCUGCCGGGUUAAAAAAGAAAAAGGAGGAGAUAUCGUAACUGCUUUGUCCCUGUCAAUGUGGGUGUUGGAUUCGGGUCGGAUCCCCAUGGAAACCAAAUCAUAA